CGACGUCGUGUUGGUUCACCUUUAACCCAAAAUCUAGGGUUUUCGUUUUUCUUUCAGUGAUGCUAUAAAUCAAUUGUCCUAAACCAAUGGUGAUGAUUGCCGAAAUGAUAGUCCAUUGUCAACCCUGGAUCCGAUUAUCUAUCGGGUAUAACCCGCUUUAUCCCAUCCUUAACCCUUUUCACAAACCAAAACCCAAACUUUCUCAAACCCUAAAAAUGGUGGCGACUGAAGCCAAUUCUAAGAGACCCUUCUGCCCAUCGUGCUCCAAACCCGCCCAGCUCUGCCUCUGCAAUCGGAUCAAUACUCCGGGUUUAGAUAAUUCGGUAACGUUAACCAUACUUCAGCAUAGUUUAGAGAGAAAGCACCCACUGAAUUCUGCUAAAAUUGCUAGACUUGGUCUUAAGAAUCUCACUGUCGCUACUGUUUUUGAUGUCAAUCAAGAAGCCCAAUUUGUUGUUCGGUUGCUGGAACAGAAAUCUGAAAUGGUUUCGUUUCAAAAAGGGUUAGAUUUUGAUCAAGCUGUGGAAAAUGUGGAAACGGAGGAGCUGGUUUUCGAUGGAGACGGAGGAACUAAAGUAUUUGGUAGUACUAGUCUGGCUCAUACAGGUGGAGAACGUAGUUUGACGAAAGAGCUUAGUAGCGUACAAGGUACUCAAAGCCAUUUGAAAGGUUUUAAUUUUGUACCAAAUUCAGUGCCAGAAGAUAGACCAACUGUUGAAGAUCGCAUUUGUGAAAAAGGAAUAUUUGCUCUAGAGAGUCCACAUGAAAAUAGAGAACCAGUUAAACAAUCUAAUGCUCAUAUGGUUUCACCUGCCUCAACAUUGAGCGAAGCAGCGGUGGAUAACAGUACCAUCGUUACCAAUGAAAGUGAAUUUUUCCAUCUAGAGGUUGAUCCGAUGGAAGCAGUCCAAAGAGGUAAUGAAGCGCCAGUUAUUACUGCAACCAUUGGAAAAUAUGGUGUCAUUAGCUCUCUUUGCCAUAAUUGGAUGCCACAAACCCAUAUGCAGAAGCCAAAAUUUAGUAAGAUUCUAGCUUCCUCAGCUGCUCGUGAUGCUCUGGGAAGAGGGUUUUCUGUGAAAAAAUUGCAGAAGCGUCAGCAUAGUGCGAGCAUGGAAUCGGAAGAGUGUGAGGAGUUUGAACUUGAGGUUCCUCCCGGAUCAGUGCUUCUAUUUCCAACUGUGUGUGCAAUUGGUAUUGAUGGCCUUGAUGCUCUUGACCAUGACGUGAAGAAUUUAAUUGUCUUGGAUGGUACAUGGGCUAAGGCAAAAAGAAUGUACAAUGAAAACCCCUGGUUGGAACUUUUGCCACAUUUGAAGUUGGAUUUGAACAAGAUGAGCUUGUAUAGCGAAGUAAGGUCUCAGCCAAAGGUUGGGUGUUUGUCCACCCUUGAGAGCAUUGUAUAUACACUGAAAGCUUUAGGGGACACACAUGAGGGGCUAGAUAAUCUCUUGGAUGUAUUUGAAUCUAUGGUUGAAGACCAGAGACGAUGUAAAGAUGAGAGGUUAAGCAAAGUCUCUUCGGUGUGAGCCUUCAUCCUUGUAUUAGAAGAUCAGGGUUCAUGAACUUCAAGGGGCUGCUCUUGUAUCUUUUUAAUGUGCUUUCUCUUGUAGAACACAGCAAAUAUGGUUUAUCUUCUAUUGUAUAAUGUUUUUGGAAUGAUGAAUUUGGGGCUGCUCUGUUUCUUCGCUUGUACAA